AUGGCCGAACAACCAUCAUCGCGUUCAGUUUCUCCCACUGAUAUACCGGUAGAAGAUAAGGAGAAGCGAGUAUGGUAUCACUCAACGCUCUUCAAUGCCUUCGUUAUCGGCGGAGUGGGCUUUAUGGCGCCCGGCCUGUGGAAUGCAAUGAAUUCCUUAGGUGCUGGUGGCGCGCAGUCGCCGUUUCUGAUUAAUGCUGCCAAUGCAUUGGUUUUUGGUCUUAUGGGCUUUUUGUGUCUCUUCGGCGGUCCGAUUGCGAACCGCAUUGGGUUGAAUUGGACCCUGCUUUUGGGUGCCGUUGGGUAUCCGAUUUACUCGGCCGCAUUGUAUACGAAUAACCGCUAUGGCAAUGUGUGGUUUGUGCUUCUUGGAUCAGUAGCAUGUGGUUUGUCGGCGGGUCUUUUCUGGGCUUCUGAGGGUGCUGUGGCACUAGGAUAUCCGGAGCCAACAAAACGGGGCAGGUAUAUGAAUAUCUGGCUUUGGUUUCGUACCGGUGGACCUUUGCUGGGCGGCGCAAUCGUCCUCGGACUCAACCAUUCUGCUGAAGCGAAAAGCAAAGGAAAGGUUGGCUCGCAGACCUAUCUUAUCUUCGUCGCGUUACAGUGCCUCGCCGUUCCCCUGGCGAUAUUUCUCUCACCACCUGAGAAGGUGCAGCGUAGCGAUGGGAGCAAAGUGAGGAUUGUUCUGCAGGACUCAUGGCGUGCGGAGAUGCGGGAGCUUUGGAAGCUUUCUUGUCGGAAAGAAGUUCUUCUGUUAUUGCCGAUCUUCUGGGCGGCGUACUUUAACCAAUACAGUGGAAACUUUACGACCUAUUACUUCGGCGUCAGAGCCCGUGCCUUGAUUGGCUUUGUCAGCAACUUCGCAAGGCUAUUAUCCUCUGGAAUGAUAAGUCGUUUCCUUGACUACAGAGGAAUCUCGACCAAGAACCGGGUCACAUACAGCUUCUUCUAUGUCGUCCUCGUACACAUUGCCACCUGGGUCUACGCCUGGGUAGUACAAGAGAAGUACACCGCGAACCCACCCUCCUACGACUGGUCCGACAAGGGCUUCACCGAGGGACUCUUCGUCAUUCUUCUCUGGGAAUUCUCCCAACAAGCACUCCAAAACUGGCUCUACUACCUCGUCUCCUCAAUGACGGACAACAUCUCCGAACUGGCCCGGUACUCUGGUGUCCUCCGCGGACAGGAAAGUUUCGCCCAGGCCGUCUCAUACGGCAUCAACACGAGGAACUGGUACGGCGGGCGAGUUCCGCUCGCUGUGAACACUAUUCUGCUUGGUCUCGCGGUGUUCCCGACCUGGUUGGUUGUUAGGCAAUUUGCUCCUGUUGAACAUGAUAAGUACGCCCUAGGCCAAGAUGAGGAACAGGGUCCUGCACCACACGGUGUUGGUACGGACUAUGGCGACAAGAAUGUAGUGAGGGAAACAGUUCAGGCGAAAUAA